GUGGGAAUUGAAAGAGCUGCAGUGGGAAGGAGCCCACCGAUUCCCCAGCCACGACACAAGCAUCGCCUGGCAGAAUUGCAGAGCCAGGUAGAAAUGACAUCAACGGUCAAGGAAGGCAGCGGAGCUCAGCACGCACAAUAUGUUGGACCCUACCGCCUGGAGAAAACCUUGGGCAAAGGACAGACAGGGCUUGUGAAGUUGGGUGUUCACUGUGUAACAUGUCAAAAGGUCGCUAUAAAAAUUGUCAACAGAGAGAAGCUCAGUGAGUCGGUGCUAAUGAAGGUGGAACGGGAAAUAGCCAUCCUGAAGUUGAUAGAACAUCCCCACGUUUUAAAGCUGCACGAUGUUUAUGAAAAUAAAAAAUAUUUGUAUUUGGUGCUAGAACAUGUGUCCGGUGGAGAACUUUUUGACUAUCUUGUAAAGAAGGGAAGAUUAACACCAAAAGAAGCCAGGAAGUUUUUCCGACAAAUCAUCUCCGCUUUAGAUUUCUGUCAUAGUCAUUCAAUAUGCCACAGGGAUUUAAAACCUGAAAACCUAUUGCUGGAUGAAAAGAAUAAUAUCCGGAUAGCAGACUUUGGGAUGGCAUCGCUACAAGUCGGGGAUAGUUUGCUUGAAACAAGCUGUGGGUCACCGCAUUAUGCCUGCCCAGAAGUAAUCAGGGGAGAAAAAUAUGAUGGGAGGAAAGCGGAUGUCUGGAGCUGUGGAGUUAUUUUAUUUGCAUUAUUAGUGGGUGCUCUACCAUUCGACGAUGAUAACUUGCGGCAGCUGCUGGAGAAAGUGAAACGUGGUGUAUUCCAUAUGCCACACUUCAUCCCCCCAGAUUGUCAAAAUCUCUUGCGGGGGAUGAUUGAAGUGGACUCCUCGAAACGACUGACGCUAGAACACAUUCAGAAGCACAUAUGGUAUAUAGGGGGUAAGAAUGAGCCAGAACCAGAACAACCAAUUCCUCGAAAGGUGCAAAUUCGCUCUCUCCCUUCCCUGGAGGACAUUGAUCCUGAUGUUUUAGACAGCAUGCAUUCGUUAGGUUGCUUCCGUGACAGAAAUAAACUCUUACAGGACUUGUUAUCGGAAGAAGAAAACCAAGAGAAAAUGAUUUAUUUUCUCCUCCUUGAUCGGAAAGAGAGGUAUCCCAGUCACGAGGAUGAGGACCUGCCUCCUAGAAAUGAAAUAGACCCUCCCAGAAAGCGCGUGGACUCUCCGAUGCUGAACAGGCAUGGGAAGCGGAGGCCGGAGAGGAAAUCAAUGGAAGUCCUGAGUGUGACAGACGGAGGUUCCCCAGUUCCAGCUCGCAGGGCAAUUGAAAUGGCACAGCAUGGACAGAGUAAAACAAUGUUCAGUAAAAGCCUGGAUAUCUGUGAAGCCAAUCCCAAAUUCAACAAAGAAGAAAGGAUGACGAGUGCUGACGCAUUGGGGUCUCGUUCGAUCAGCGGAGCUUCAUCUGGCCUGUCUACCAGCCCCCUCAGCAGUCCAAGGCCUAUCCGAAAGUUUUUCAUCCCCCCUCAGACCCCUGACCUCCCUUUCUCCCCUCGACCCCAAGUGUCCUUUGACUCUGACGCUUGUAGGAAUGCUUCCAGGCCUGGACAUGUUCUCCAACCAAAGCCAGCACUUCAGCCCAAUCCAAAAACACAAACUUUACCAUCCAAGAGCAAAUUGGGUGAAAAACCACUGCAAUCUACGAAAUCCAAUCCCCUCCCCUCUAGCAAUGCUAUUGUCCCUCCUUCCCAGAAUGCCCCAGCACAGAACACUCAGAGCCACCCACCUGCUCCUGGGUUGAGCCCCCAGCCGGCCGUUCCUCCGGCGCAGACUAACCCUAUGUCUCCUGUUAGAUUGCUCCCUUCUAGUACUGACCCGAGCACCAAAUCUAUCCCCAUCAUACAGGUCACCCCUCACCCCUCUCCAAGGGGCAGUCCCCUCCCUACCCCCAAGGGGACACCUGUCCAUACGCCAAAGGAGAGCCCAGCAGGCACACCCAACCCUACGCCACCAUCCAGCCCCAGCAUUGGAGGAAUGCCCUGGAGAACACGGCUCAACUCGAUCAAAAACAGCUUCUUGGGAUCUCCUCGCUUUCAUCGCAGGAAAUUGCAAGUACCUACACCAGAAGAGAUGUCGAACUUAACUCCAGAAUCUUCCCCAGAUUCUGAUGACUGGAUAAUAUACCUUGACAUGGCUAGGCUUGCCAAAAAGUCCUGGUUUGGUAACUUUAUCAACCUGGAGAAAGAAGAACAGAUCUUCGUGGUUAUUAAGGACAAACCACUGAGUUCCAUCAAGGCUGACAUAGUUCAUGCAUUCCUUUCAAUUCCCAGCCUCAGUCACAGCGUCAUCUCACAGACAAGCUUCCGUGCGGAGUACAAGUCUACAGGGGGUCCUGCUGUCUUUCAGAAGCCAGUGAAGUUCCAAGUGGAUAUAACGUACACAGAAGGUGGGGAGGCCCAGAAAGAGAAUGGGAUCUACUCAGUCACUUUCACACUAUUAUCAGGUCCAAGCCGUCGCUUUAAGAGGGUAGUAGAAACCAUUCAGGCACAGUUGUUAAGCACACACGACCAGCCUUCCGUGCAGCAGUUAUCAGACACCACUAACUGUUUGGAGUUGAUGACUGGGAGACUUUCCAAAUGUGGCAGCCCAUUGAGUAACUUCUUUGACGUAAUUAAACAACUUUUUUCAGACGAGAAGAACGGGCAGGUGAGCCAUCCCCCCGGCACGCCAACCAAGCAUAGCGCAAACAGCAAGCGGAGCGAUUCCGAUGCUAAUGACUAUGGGUCUAGAGGAGACACUAAGUACCCCGCUGGCAAAGAGAAGGCAAAGAUGGUCUCAUCACUCGGCCUACAAGACCAACUUAAAUAAAUGUUGUUGUUU